AGUGACAUCAUCCAGACAUACGGAAGUUAAAUGGGAGAGUACAUUUUUUCAGCGAUCAAGCAGCAAUCCAUUGAGCAAAAUGGAUAUUUCACCGCAAACUGGAAUGUAUGAAACUUCGAUUGCCAUCAAAACCCCUCCAAGCAGCCUUGCACGAUAUCUUGAUGGGGAAUUUUGGGAAACCAAAGAUUCCAUAAGGAAUGCAAUAUCUCAAUGCGAACUGUUUAAAACGAGCAGUUAUGAUCUAAAUUUGGAUCAGAAUCGAGAACUCACCGUUGAUAGACUGCAAUUCAUUUUACAGCUGCCAGUUGUGCAACGCCAACUCAAAGAUCAGGUAAAGGACAAACAGACAGGAUUUUUAGCUAAGAGCUUGGUUAUAACCGAACUGGUCUGCUCUGCAGAUAUGUCCACAGGAGUUAAGUUAGGGGUAGUAUGUGGACUGUUUGGAGGUGCUGUCACCAACCUGGGUUGUCUUGAGCAGAAGACCAAGUGGUACCUGCCUGUUACGGAACUGGAGUUCACAGGGAUGUUUGCCAUGACAGAGAGAGGACAUGGGAGUAAUGUGAGAGGAAUCUUGACGGAGGCUCGCUACGACCCUUCUACACAGGAGUUUAUCAUCCACACACCCUGUGAAGAUGCACAGAAGAUGUACAUAGGGAACUCAAUGAAAGGACACUACGCUUCUGUCUUUGCCCAGCUCAUCAUCCACGGAGAAGUCCAAGGUCCUCACUGUUUCAUCGUGCCAAUCCGAGACAAGCACGAUGUUAUGUACACGGGGGUAACCGCCAUCGACAUGAAGCACAAAGAAGGGCUGCAUGGGGUUGACAACGGGAUCCUGAUCUUUGACAAUGUGAGGAUUCCCAGAGAGAAUCUGCUCAGCAAGUUUGGCAGUGUGUCAGCAGACGGACAGUACUCCUCUCCCAUUCAGAACAAGAGUCGGCGUUUUAACGCCAUGUUGGCUGCCCUGACCCCCACCAGGCUGGGCCUCACAGUCCAGGCCAUGACUGCCAUGAAGCUGGGUCUCGUCAUAGCAGUCCGAUACAGCCACAGUCGUCGUCAGUUUGGGCCUAAGGACAAGGACGAGGUGAAGAUCAUUGAACAUCAGACCCAGUACAUCCGUCUGAUGCCUCACCUGGCAGCUGCCCUGGCCCUCACCUUCACUACCAGGUAUGCUGCGAGGGUGAUGGACCAGGCACUGAGUGAGGGAGAGGAUCUGGACAGCAGACGCUCCCUUCAGGCCCUGGUAGCUGGACUCAAGGCCUACAGCACCUGGGGGAACCUGGCCUGCCUGCAGGAGUGUCGCGAGUGUACCGGGGGCAUGGGCUUCAUGAUGGAGAACCGUAUCCCCGGUCUGAAAUGUGACUCGGACGUGUUUGUCACUUUCGAAGGGGACAACGUUGUCAUGCUACAGGUGGUUGUGCGGGAGCUGAUGUCCCAGUACACCAGACAGAUGUCGGGCAACAUGUUGGCCAGGCUCAUCAGUACCUGGUCUGGCUCAGUCUCCGACACCCUCAGAACCAGCAUCCUGGCGUUCAGUGUGGACAAGGUGAGCGACCUGAGCUUCCUGCUCAAGGCUCUGGCGUACAGGGAGAGGGUCCUCCAGCGCAGCCUGGCUGCCAGGCUCUACACCAAGGUGGAAAGAAACAAAGAGCCAUUUUUCGACGCUUGGAACUCCUGCCUGCACCAUGUGACCUGCCUGGCUAUGGCUCAUAUACACAGAGUGACCUUGGAGCAGUUUGCACUGGCCAUUCAAGAGUGCCCAGUUGAGGAGGACCGCACCUUGCUAACGAAGUUCUGUCUGCUUCACGGGACAAGCCUGGUGUUCCAGGAGAGAGCUUGGUACCUGGAGCACCACUACCUGACCCCUGCCACCAGCCGACUGAUACGCAGCCAGCUGCUGGAGCUAUGCAGGCUGGUGAAGGACGAGGCCCUAAAGGUGGUGUCUGACUUCAACAUCCCCUCCUCCUGCAUCCAGGCUCCCAUCGCCGGGGUGGCUAAUCCCAGAGCCCCAUGGGCCUUCUACUCUCAGCCCCCCGAUCCCAGCACAGCCCACUCUGCUGGGCCACACUGCACAUCCAAGCACAACACUGUCUCCAAGUUGUGAAGGUCACCAAAGCACACUUGAUUUAUAGAACGUACAAAUUCAACCAGAACCCCCACCUGCUAAAAUCAAUAACCCGAGUAUAAAAUUAAGUUUAAAUCUAUCGGGUAUAAUAUGGUUGUUGACCCAGCUCUAGACCACUGGAGCUUUAACACCUCAAGUUAUAGAUGAGAUAUACUUAUACUACCCAGGUGUAGUACAGUUUGUGAUUAUUUACAGAUACAUUCAGUAUGUCAUUAGUGCCAAUCUUACAUUCAAAGUUUUUGCCUUUGAACAUCUAGAAUGUUGAUAGACACCGCCACAGUGUCUUAAAAAACAUCUGUAAACAGGCAGUGACACCAGGGAUCUGACUCAAGGUUUGUGAUAGUCCUGGGUUUUUCAUGGGAGUUUCGCCUCAUAAAAUUGAGGGUUUUAGGUUGGUUUAGGUGAAUGUCAGUGUAGUUCUACAGGAUCUGUGAAAUUCUCAGUGACAUUUCAAUAGCUCUUUUUACUAGCAAUACAUUUCUGUGCUAACAUGACCUAUAAACAGGUCAAUUUACUGUAUAUCCAGACUGAGUCAUUGUGUAGUGUGAGUAGCCACUCAAAUGACCAGGCAGAGAUUUGCCGAUUCCCUGGAUUUCAUACUUCUUGUGCAAUAAGUGAGCUAAACGUGGGUUAAAGGAUCCUGAAUAAGUGCUGCCAUAGAAACAGAAACUGGAAGCCUCAUUGUCUGUGUGACUUCAGACACCUGGUUAGAAACAGACUGGGGGUGGAUGGUAACAGCCGACAAAGCAGACGCUUGACUAUCGUGUGGGCUGAGACUUGCAGACUCUCAAACUGUACUGUAGGUUGAUACCUGAAGGAUGAUUUGAUUUGGCCUGCUUGAUUGUUUAGUGGUCAGUAUUUGCAUGUUGACAGAAAUGUGUUUCAUCCAAACUACGACUAGAACCAUAUUCAGAUAUGGAUCUCUGUCGUGUCUUUAUCGCACUGAUAUGUGUGCAAGCUAAAACACACACAUACACAGACAAGACAUUAAAACAUUUUUUUUUUACAAUAAGCUACCCCCUGCCAACAGCUUUAUCUGUUUGUUGAAAAACAAAUAGAUCUUGAACAAUGUUUGAUUAAGAAUGUUAAUGACACUUUAUAUUUAUAAUAUAUUGUAUAGGCAUUUUUUAUCAAUUAUAUUGCUCUUAUUUCAAAACAUUAUUUUGCCAAUAUGGACAUAUCUGGGCUUACCUGUAGUUUUGAUUCCUGUAGUGGAAUAUUGACUGGCUCCUUUGAUAAGAAAAUACUUAUUUACUGUAUUUCCUUUCUCUACUAACUUUAGCUUGUUUAGUCAUUUCAAAAUCAUUUCAAAAAUCUGUUUUUCAAUCAUGGCCAAGUCUUAGUUUUGUCUGCCAUAUUGCUGAAAAUCUGUAAUUGCGUACUGUUCUUAAUAAAUUCUUUUUUAGGUAGCCUGUGAUUUAAAA